AUGCGCGUCGUCGCCUCUGAGCCGGAUAUAUGCGCCUCUAAUUGUCAUGCGGCUGGCAAGUAUCUGGCGCUGUGUAUUCCCAAGCCGCGGUCUUGUUAUUGCCUGUCCUCUCUAACAUCGUUCUUGACCACACGCGAGAAGGCCGAGAAGGCCGUAAAUAGGCUAGACGACGUGGACGCCGUGCUGAGAGGAUAUAACUUGCAGACUUUUCGACCUGAAUUUUUCACUUCUGCUGAAUACCCAUCUUACCUACUCUCGAGACCUCAAUUCACGCGUUCGAGUUCGCGACUCUCCGAUGUCUACGAUCGGAUGUUCCCAGAACCUCAGCCGUUAAACUCUGCGCCUCUGCUCUUGUCACCUAUUGAGGUCAUUGAUGUCGCUGCACGCAUUCCUCCAUGCCUAACUGUGCCGCAAGCUCAACAACCCUUCGAAAAGCCUGUUCAUUCUGAUGCUUCUAAUGCGCCUACUACUCCUCCCUUAGCCGACAUUUCUUGCGAGAAUUCGGAAGCCGUUUGUCGCUCUGUCCUCGCGAUCUCUCCUUCCAUUGGUAUUGACAUGCCUCUUACGCCUCCAUAUACCCCAGCACAACAGAAAGCUUCACCACCUCUUCCAGUUAGCACACUGUCGUCUCCCUUCACUCCUGCACCGGAAGCUGUGCUUUUCUUUGAGGGCAAAGCCCCACCAUCCGAUCGCGAAGACACUAUGUCUUCACCCACCUCCGAUACCGCAUCCCUCAUUUUUCCCCGGAUCGCUGAUAUUGCUCAUUCGUCUUCUGUAUCUAUCCAUUCCCCCGAAACGCCACAGUAUUCUGCUCACCUCAUCCGACUUUGUCACGAUGCGUUACGAAGCAUGACAAAUAUUUGUUCGCAGGAGACGAGAACCCUCCUGCCCGAGCUUCACCUGCCAGAUUGGACUCUCGACAUCCAAGUUGAAGAAGAGGACUUCGAUGAAUGUUCUUCUGAGAGCUCCGAGGUACUGCCCCUUCGAGGAAUCCUGCGCCAGCCGUCCACGGAUCGUGUAAAUUUAACGCUGACCCCAGGAAGGAGUGUCAAAUGGGCGCCGGAUGACACGCUGGCACAAAUGCGAUACAUAUCAGUCGACGGGAACCUGUAUGGCGUGGACGAGCGUGGCAUGCACAGACCCCUUACACUCGCUGAAGAAGUCAAGCAGGCAGAGUACGAACAAUCGAGGAAGUGGAUAUGA